AUGUCAGGACCCAGGCCUGUUGUCAUAAGUGGCCCCUCAGGGGCAGGAAAGAGCACUCUGCUGAAGAAGCUGCUGAAGGACUACAAGGGAGUUUUCGGCUUCAGCAUAUCACAUACAACAAGGGACCCACGUCCAGGAGAGGUAGAUGGCAAAGAUUACCACUUUACAAACAGGGAGGCUAUGCAGGAGGAUAUUGACAAGGGGGAAUUCAUUGAAACUGAUGAGUUUUCGGGCAACCUGUACGGAACAAGUAAGAGUGCUGUACAGGACGUGAGGGCCAAGGGCCUCAUUUGUAUCUUGGACGUGGAUAUCGCAGGAGUGAGGCACAUCAAGGAGACUAACCUGGACCCAAUCUACAUCUCUAUCCAGCCCCCCUCUAUUGAGGUCCUGGAAGAACGUCUGAGGGGUAGAGCGACGGAGACAGAGGAGAAAAUACAGAGCCGCCUGGAAGAAGCCCGGACUGACAUGGAGGAGUGCAACGAGCCUGGAUUGUUUGACAUUGUCAUUGUCAACGAUGACUUGGAUGAGGCCUAUGAGAAGUUGCAAAGUGUUCUUAAGGAGGAAAUAACAAAAGUUCAGGAGGUCAUCAAGUCAUAA